AUGUGUCUCAACGGCCGGCUCAUUGCAGCGACAAAGCUUGGAAACGUGCAUCGUGGACUGAACGUAUUAAUCUUUGACAAAGAAACGGGCAGCUCGAGGGUCAAUACCUUCGAUUUUUACAGCGACCCCGACGCGAGCUCUAAGCUUGCCAGCUUAUUGAGGCCAGUCAAAGCCGAAGUAGUAGUAAUGGCCGUCUUCGACGAUGGCAGCGCUAGAAUGAGCCAAGAUCUUCGAAGACAAAUCCAAAACAUGGGCAGCAAAAACAUCACCUCCUUGGCGUUUCGAGACAGCUGGGCCUUCGUUGGUGCAAAACCUGGAAUGGGCAAAAUUGCGAAUGAAAGAAUCAACCCCGCCGCUGGUUCCAGCGAUAAGUACUUUGGCUGGCCAAAAGAAGUCGCCAUUUCUGGCUGCAUUCCGAAGUUUUGA